ACUAAGAGAGAACAUUAUCAGAUUUACGAGACAAUUUUGUUCCUCUCGAAAACCAACCUUCAUUUCCCCUUUUUAGUUUUCUCUGUGUCACUCUGUUUUUCAUUAUUAUCGCAGGAAAAGAAAAGGAAAAAAAAAACCCUAAUCUCUGGAAUAGCGUUGGAUUGGAGCGUUUUGAGGGCAUCAAAUCAAUAGAGUGAAGCAGAUCAAGAGGAAGAGGAGGGCACAACCAAUGACAAUGGGGUCCACCGAUAAAGAAUUGGAAGAGCAGCUUCUCGACGCCGGUAACAAGCUCCUCCUAGAUCCUCCCUCCUCAGCGGAGGAGCUCCUCCCACUCCUCGACCAAGUAGAGUGUUGCCUAUCGAGGGUUGAGCAGUCCCCUAUUGACUCUAUGCAAAAUGCACUCUCUCCAUCAUUGAAAGCAUUGAUUGCGGACAAACUUUUAAGCCACUCAGAUGAUGAUGUCAAAGUUGCAGUUGCCUCUUGCAUCAGUGAAAUAACAAGAAUCACUGCACCUGAAGCUCCUUAUGAUGAUGCUCAAAUGAAGGAUGUCUUUCAAUUAAUUGUAUCUUCAUUUGAAAAUCUACAUGAUAAGUUAAGCCAAUCAUAUGCAAAGAGGACCUCAAUUCUUGAAACUGUUGCGAAAGUUAGAUCAUGUGUGGUAAUGCUGGACCUUGAAUGUGAUACCCUGAUUUUGGAGAUGUUUCAGCAUUUCUUUAAAAAUAUAAGCUCCAUUAUAAAAUUUCAGGGAACAUCAUCCAGAAAAUGUUUUUUCAUCCAUGGAAACAAUUAUGACCCUUGUUCUAGAGGAAAGUGAAGAUAUAUCCUUAGACCUGCUGUCUCCACUCCUGACCAGCAUUAAGAAAGACAAUAAGGAAGUUUUUCCAAUAGCCCAGAAAUUGGGGGAGAGGGUCAUUGAAAGCUGUGCAACCAAGCUUAAACCCUACUUGGUUCAAGCAGUGAAAUCCUUGGGUAUAUCUGUGGAUGAUUAUAGUUCAGUACUUGCUUCAAUAUGCCAAGAUACAUCUGAUGACUUGGAGAAAAAUGAUACAUGUGUUACUAGUGAGCAUGUGGAAGAUAAGAGUGAUUCAGCAAAACAAUCACUAGAGGAGUCAACACAUGUGGUUAACAAGGAUUCAAGUGAAGUUACACCCUCUCAACCAGAAAAUACUGAUGUAAAGAUAUCUCCAAAGUUGGUCAUGAGCAAUGGUGUUGUAGAAGAUAAUGUUUUAGCUGACUCCAAGUCCAUUAAAAAACAAGAGGAUGCUGAUUGUUCUAGUCACUCUGAAGGUUUGAAUUUAUCUGGUCAUGAGGUGCAUAAUGAUCUGGACACUGAAAAAGUUGACACUAGUAAACAAAAGCCAGAGCAAGCUACCAAGAGGCAGCGAAAGAAAUCAAGCUCUUCAACUAAAUCAGCAAAACCUUCCAAAGGUCAAGUUGCUGCUAACGAGAAGGAAACUGAGAAAAUGCUUGACUUUGAAAGCAACAGCAAGAAAGUUCCCAGUUCCUCUCACGAGGACCAUUCAGCUGAAGCAGCAGGACCUCCAGAGAAUGACAAUGGCAUUGAUGCUAAGAUUUCAUCACCAAAGGCAUGCAAUGAUGAAUCUGAAGUUGUUGCUUCUCCACCAAGUGAGAGCUUCUCUGAUGAAAAUCAUUCGAAGAAAAUUGGGCGAACAAAAAAGAAAGAUGGGGAUGCUGAGGGUGUUUCAAAGGUGUCUGAAGGAGCUAGUGAUUCAGAAGCCAAACCUGUCAGGCGAUCCGUGAAAAGGGCACUUGGUCAGAAGUCUGAUGCGAAAAAAACUAAUGUGGUGGAUUCAGUAAAAAAAGGAAGUGGGACAGCAAAUGAUGCAGAUGCUAAAAAGCACCCAGCCAAGAAAUUAGAUGAAAACAAAAAGGAUCGUGAUGGAUCAUCUUCAAGACAAAUGGAGGACAAGAAAAAGGGCAGGUGGGGGAAGGCUAACUCUGAAGCAAAUGUAGUAAAGUCAUCUGCUAUGGAUGUGGACAAGGAAAUGGUUUCUUCUCUGAGGUCUGGUACAAAGUCAACUAAAAAUGAAAAUUCAGAGGAGACUCCCAAGACAAAUGUGAAAAGGAAACGCAGUUCAGGAAAAGAAAAUGAAUCUAAUGCGAAGGAAUAUGGUCAAAACCUUGUUGGUUUACGGGUCAAAGUUUGGUGGCCUGAUGAUCGUGAGUUUUACAGAGGUGUUGUUGAUUCCUUUGAUUCUGCCAAAAAGAAGCACAAGGUCUUGUACGAUGAUGGUGAUGAAGAAACAUUAAAUCUUGUGAAGGAGAAAUGGAAGGUCAUUGGAGCUGAUGACUCAGAUGCAGAUGAGGAAGAACGAAGUGAUCGUGCAAGUCUUGAUGCUUCCACUGAUAUGACAUGGCUAUUUGUAUCCCUCGUGAAGAAAUUGGGCGAUGUGCUGCAUUGGUUUGAUCUUUAUCAAUUACGAAUGCCACCAAAGAAGAAAGGGAAAACAAGUGCUGUUGAGUCAACCAAGCAAGGAAAGAUGGAUGCUUCUUCCAGAAGCGGUGGAGCAUCAGCAUCCAAUAGAUCAAAGGGUGCAUCCACGAAGUCUGGCCUGAAGUCCAAAGAUGGCAACAAAUCCAAAGAUUCCAAGACUAUUAGCAAACCUGAGGAUGCAGUUAGUAGAAAAUCUAAGGCCAGCAUUCCUAAGAGUGGUAGCAGUAAAUCUAUUGUUACUGCUAAAAAAAUUGGUAAUAAAUCCAAAAAUACUGAUAAUUCAAUUGAAUCAAAGGAUGAUGACACUAGCACGCCCAAACCCUCUGCGAAGUCUAAGCAAGAAACUCCAAAAAGUGGAAAGUCUAAGCAAGAAACUCCAAAAAGUGGAAAGUUUAAGCAAGAAACUCCAAAAAGUGGAAAGUCCAAGCAAGAAACCCUGAAGACUGCCCUUUCGAAAGUAAAACCUCUCAAAAGUGGUGGAAAGACUGAUGUUAAUGGUAAGAACAAGGUGAAAUCUGGUUCAUCAAAGAGAAAAUAUUCUGAGAAUGAGUACUCAGAUGUUUGAGCAGGAGAGGUAGAAGAUGCCAAGGACAAGACUUCAUGUUCAUCAAAGUCACAAGGAAGUGGGUAUUUAUUCUCGCUGUUUAUUUCUUGACUGGGUGCCUGUCUUGUGCUUACAGCAUUUAAUUUUUUCUUCCUUUGGCCAGAGUGAUCAAAUGAAUUUAGGCCGUGUAUCAAGGAGCUGUGUCGUUUGUGGUAAUCAUCUUCUUGUUGCUAGCAUUAUUUUCUCCAGUUAUUAGUUAGGCUAGUUUAGUUGUAGUAUGGGUUAGUAUCUCUAGUUACUUUUCCAUCUUUUCUAGUAGACUAGAUGAAUGCUAUUUUAAGGUAACACCUGAAAAUAUUUUGCUAGCAUUCUUAAUUUAACGAAUGCUUUGGCACUCCCUGAUGCUGACAGGUUGACUAAUGACUACUUACUAGUUACUAUCCACCCAAUUAACGUUUUUAGAUUGCUUAGUGCUUAGAUGUGGUUGUUGUUUUGUUUUGAAACCUUUAGUUUGUUCAAAUAUUCCAUAAUUCACAUUGAUC